UCACAGUCCGUUUCGUCACAGACAUGGCGGCGUCCAGUGUUUUUAAAGCAGGGCUUUUCAAUUACAAAGUUGCAAUCGUGACGGGAGGCGGGACUGGGAUAGGAAAAGCUAUUACUUCUGAGCUCUUACAGUUAGGUUGCAGUGUGGUCAUAUCAUCCAGGAAGCUUGAGCGUCUGGAGUCAGCAGCUGAAGAGCUGACGCAGAAAAUCCCCCCAUCCAGUCUGGCUAAAGUGACCCCUAUACAGUGCAACAUCCGAAAUGAAGAAGAGGUGAAGAACCUGAUGGCCUCCACUCUGAAGCUUCAUGGGAGGAUUGACUUUUUGGUGAAUAAUGGAGGUGGGCAGUUUUCCAGCCCAGUGAACUUGAUGAGUGCAAAAGGCUGGAAAGCUGUGAUUGACACUAACCUCAACGGAACGUUCUUAUGCUGCAAAGAAGCAUACAAUGCAUGGAUGAAAGAUCAUGGAGGUGCAAUUGUGAACAUCAUUGCAGACAUGUGGAAGGGUUUUCCUGGAAUGGCGCACACAGGAGCGGCCAGAGCAGCCGUGGACAACCUGACCAAGAGCCUGGCCAUUGAGUGGGCUGACAAUGGGGUCCGGAUCAACUCUGUGGCUCCGGUUAGUGCCAGUUUAGAAACAAUUUAA